AUGGUAAAUGCUAACAUUGAGGGUGAUUGUGAAGAUGAUGUACAAUGCAUUACUUUUAAAAAUGAAAAUGGUGUUGCUGAAGAAAUUAUUCCUAAACAUGUUAAUGAUGUAAACAUUGAUGAGUCUGGAGAAGAUAAUGGUGCUGGAGAUGCAAAUAUUGAUGAGAUUGGAGAAGAUAAUGGUGUUGGAGAAGAAAAUGGUGCUGGAGGUGCAAACAUUGAUGUGGACGAAGCAGAUAAUAGUGUUGGAGAAGAAAAUGGUGUUGGAGAAGAUAACAUUGAUGAGGAUUAUGUUGCAAGUGAGAGUAGUUUUGAGGAUAGUGAGUUCCAAUUUAGUGAAGACUCUAUGGCAAGUGAUUGUAAAGAACAUGAUCCGCACAUUAAGACCUCACAAGCUCAAAUGGUCUAUUAUAUGAAUGAUAAGAUAGAUAAAGACUUGAUUUUUGUUGUCCACUUGAAACCAAGAGACUUAUAUGAUAUGGGAGAUCUAAUUGAUAUUAAAGUUUGUCUUGAGCAAAAAUUGGAUCAAGUUUUUGGCGACUCUGAUAAUCUGUCUUUGAUAAGGGAGGAUGUAGAUGAUGAACUAAUAAGUGAGGGGAAUGUUAAUGAUGACAUUGAUGGAGAUGAACUUAUGUUAGAAUAA